CCAGUAUGAUUGCAUUGCGGAAGCUCACUACUGCUUGCGCGGGUGCACGGCUGUGGCGCGGGAUGGUCACCGAGGCCGUUCAUGGGCGGGUGUACGCGGUGCCGGCUGACGACGCCGCGCCGGCCGGUGUCAUUAACCUGGAGGGCAUCGGCAAAGAGUAUCUGGACGCUGCCUCGCGCGAGGCGCUCACUCCACACCUUGAUGCGCUUGCUGCUGAGCACUUUCAGGGCAUGGUGGCUGCCCCGAUUCCGGCGUUUUCUCUCCCGGCCGCCGCCGCCAUCGCCUCGGGCGCAGACGCCACCGGCCACGGUCUCAUCGGCUCGCUCCUCCCGCCGGCGCUGCCGCUUCCUGCGGCCGAGUGGACGCCACAGGCUGUCGCGCAGAUGCGCACUCCGCCCGAUGGCGGGCCGCCGUCGGUGCUGGAGGCUCUCGCCGGGGCAGGCGUCGAUGUGGCGCUCAUUGCCGCCAAGCCGGACCAUGCCAACGUCCUGCGCGGCAGCCUGCCCGAUGCUGCGGUGGCGAUGACUGCAGGCGGGAGCGGCGACACAUCGAUUGCAGCGCUGGAUGAAGCCGUAGCGGCAGUCAAGCGCGGCGUCGGCGUCUUUCUGGCCUGCGCAUCCAGUGCGAUCCCGCACAUGGCUGCCCCCGAUGAUGCUGCGGCGCUCGAGUACCUUGCGGGCGUCGACGCACGAAUCGGCGAGCUGCGAGAACUCGACUGCCAGCUAGUGGUCACCUCCGGCCACAGUGUCAACUGGAAGAUCUCGUACGACGAGACGCCACGUGUGACGUAUCUGGCCCCGCUGGUGGCGCACCUUGAGCCGCUCGGCAUUCUCCUCCCGAUCUGCGACCCUCAUACCGAGCUGCAUGCCGGGCUCGGCGGCAUGGCCCACAUCUACCUCCGACCUGGGCUUGCUCGCGAUCGGGGUGCUCUUAUUGAUGCCAUGCGGGUCCUGCGCGAGGCGCCAGGCACCCAUGCGGUGAUGGACCGCGAGACGGCGGCGACGUCGCUCAAGCUUCCAGCCGAGUCGAUCGGCGACCUUGUUGUCCUCGCCGACCUCGACUCGGUGCUUGCAGGCGAGCCGCCAGCUGCAGAUGCGCCUGUCCUUCAGAGGAAGAACCUGCGGUCGACCGGCUCGAUCUACGAGACCAACGUGCCCAUGAUCGUCGGGCGCGAGCUGACCGACGUCCGUGCCACCUCGCUCACCCGUGGACAGUACUUUACCUCGGAUGCGUUUGACCUCCUCCUCAACGACGCAUCCGACGCCGACACGACCGAGCGGGCCUGGAUGUAGAGUAGCGCUCUAAACUUCGAGGCGAAGGCCCCA